AUGUAAAAGUGGGAUAUAUCAUAUAUAUAAAAAAAAUCCUCACACUUGAAAAAAUAAAUUCACACUUGUUUCCAGUUAAAGAAAACUUCAGCACAGAUACAUAAUGACGCUAAUAAAGUGAGAGAAUUCCAUUCAAAUAAAAACGGAGAGAGGGCAAGAAAGUGGUAACUUUUUCCUCUCAAGAAUAAAUUAAUCAGAUAAAUAAAUCCAAACAACUCAUUGAAAAAGAAAUCAAUCAAUAGGUUGAUGAAUGGCUGAAACCGAAGACGUAUUGUUAGAAGAUGAAUUGGCUGUCGUUGAUGGCGUUGUUGACUACAAAGGUCAACCUGUCAUCAGAUCCAAAUCUGGUUAUUGGAGAUCCGCUUGGUAUAUAAUUGGUGUGGAGGUGGCAGAGAGGGUAUCGUAUUAUGGAAUACAGGGGAACUUGAUAUCGUAUCUAACGGGGCCACUAAAUCAGAGCACUGCAACAGCCGCUGAGAAUGUUAAUAUCUGGGCUGGAACUGCUUCACUUCUUCCUCUCUUUGGUGCUUUUGUUGCUGAUUCUCUUCUUGGACGCUACCAUACAAUCAUACUUGCUUCUCUCAUCUAUAUCUUGGGACUAGGAUUGUUAACAUUAUCAGCUAUGCUUCCUUCCCUCACCAAAUCAAAAUGCCAAGUUGACAGUAAAUUCAUAUUCUGCUCAUCUCAGUCACAAGUAGUCUUAUUCUUCAUUUCACUUUAUCUAGUUGCCAUUGGACAAGGUGGACAUAAACCUUGUGUUCAAGCUUUCGGCGCGGAUCAAUUCGACGAACAACAUCCUAAGGAGCUCAAAGCUAGAAGCUCAUUCUUUAAUUGGUGGUAUUUUACAAUGGUUGCAGGUUGCACCGUGACGCUUGCGGUCUUGAACUAUAUACAAGAUAACUAUAGUUGGGUUCUUGGAUUUGGAAUCCCUUGUGUUGUUAUGAUCAGUGCCUUGCUUGUUUUCUUGCUUGGAACAAUGACUUAUAGGUUUAACACUCAGAAACAGGACAAGAGUCCCUUUCGUAGAAUCGGUCGUGUAUUCGUUGCAGCUGUAAGAAGUUGGCGAACUGAGUUAUCAAGCACAGAUAUUGAAGAGGAAUGUGAUGGGAUUCUUUGUCGUCGAAGUUCUGAACAAUUCAAAUUCCUCAACAAGGCAUUGCUAACACCAAAGGGAGCCAAAGAAGAUGAGACAUGUAGCCUUAGUGAUGUGGAAGAAGCAAAGGCAAUUCUAAGGCUUGUUCCAAUUUGGGCUACAACUCUUGUUUAUGGUAUUGUGUUUGCUCAAGUUUUUACAUUCUUCACCAAACAAGGGAGUUCUAUGGAGAGAACCAUUUUUCCUGGCAUUGACAUACCACCUGCUUCUCUUCAAUCGAUUAAUGGUGUCGCCAUUGUUCUCUUCAGCCCUAUCUACGACCGCGUAUUCGUGCCAGCCGCAAGAGCUAUCACUGGUAAACCCUCUGGCAUCACAAUGCUUCAAAGAAUUGGCAUUGGAAUUUUUAUAUCCAUAUUUACAGUAGUAAGUGCAGCUUUUAUUGAGAUUAAAAGACUAAAAACAGCACAAGAGUAUGGUCUGGUUGAUGAUCCUAAUGCAACUGUUCCGAUGAGUAUAUGGUGGUUGAUUCCUCAGUACUUUUUGUUUGGAUUUUCUGAGGUUUUUACUAUGGUUGGUCUUCAAGAAUUUUUCUAUGAUCAAGUCCCAAAUGAACUAAGAAGCAUGGGACUUGCACUCUACUUAAGUAUUGUUGGUGUUGGAAGCUUUCUAAGUGGAUUUCUCAUUUCUAUGAUAGAAAAUAUUACUGGAAAAGAUGGACAUGAAAGUUGGUUUUGUGAUAAUAUCAAUAAGGCACGUCUUGAUUACUUUUACUGGCUACUUGCUGGAUUCAGUAUGGUGUCAUUUACUUUCUUCAUUUACUUUGCAAAAUCUUACGUUUAUAAUCACAAAAGUGUCACUACCCAAGGAUAGUUAUCGAUCAAUGUUCAAUUAUGUCAUAUUUGUAUACAAGGGAAGUUUGGCACGCAUGAUACUAUAAUGUAUGGUGAUAGAGUUGGAUUUUAAAAUAUCAUGUAUUUUGUGUAAUACAAAAUAAAAUAUUGAAUUGUAUGUCAUUAUACUACUCUAUAUUAGAUUAUGUUCUGAAUAACAUUAAAUAUAUUAGGCAUUA